AUGAUUAGCGGUGUGGAGGGGCCUCCAUAUGAGAGGCUAAAGAGGCUAGGCCUACUUGGUUCAGCAAAGAGACGCUUAAGGGGGUACGCAGUAAGGAUUUACAAAAUACUAAAUACCAAAGAGAAAGUGGUAAAGCCACAUACACCUUUAAUUAAAUUUCCAGACAGACAAAGUACCCCCAAACUUAAAAUACAGGAAUCUCUACAAGCAAGAGUGCCACCACUCCAUGGUUCAGCAAUACCGCUGUCUGUAGGAAGCAAACAACCAGUUCUUGAAAAUAUUUCACCUAUUAGUAGAGUACAAGGCGUGCCAGACACUUCAGAAUUAGUAAGAACAUUACCUCAGAAGUACAGGAGGAAAACAAUGUCAGACGAAGAGAUGGAAUUCAUCCAACGUGGAGGUCCAGAGUAAGCAUAGACGAUGUCUCUUCACCUCCAUUGAAGAAUGAAUUAUAUUCACAGUAAAGGCUUUUCCUUCCGCAAUUUGUUAAUAGCUGUAAUAAAGACCCCUUAUGAAGGGUGACAAGAUUGAUGCUUCA